GGCGUGGCUUCGUUGCGUCAGCGCGUCCACUGGCCCUCCACGCCUCUGCUCCCUCCCUCUCCUUCCCCCGCUCCAGAACGUUGCUGUGGUAGCGCCUGGGCGCCAUGUUAGGAGGCCGGAGGGAAAGAGGAAGAAGAAGCGGCGGGAGCAACAGCAACCACCACCACCAGGCCUAGCGGGCGGCUCUCCCUCCCCCACUCCCCCAGAGGCCCCGCGCCUGGCCCGUAUCAUGCUCACGGCGCCUGCUUUCCAGGAGCGCGAAGAAGAGUGACCCGGGGAAGAGGUGGCGGCGUUUAACCAGAGCCGGAGAGACGAUGCCGUUUCCAGUUACAACCCAGGGAUCACAACAAACGCAGCAACCGCAGAAGCAUUAUGGCAUUACCUCACCUAUCAGUUUAGCUUCACCCAAGGAGAGUGACUGUGUACUUACUCAGAAAUUAAUUGAAACCCUAAAACCUUUUGGUGUCUUUGAAGAGGAGGAGGAACUGCAACGCAGAAUUCUAAUUUUGGGGAAAUUGAAUAAUCUAGUAAAAGAAUGGAUACGGGAAAUCAGUGAAAUUAAGAAUCUUCCACAGUCUGUAAUAGAAAACGUUGGAGGGAAAAUUUUUACAUUUGGAUCGUAUAGAUUAGGUGUGCACACAAAAGGUGCGGAUAUUGAUGCAUUGUGCGUGGCACCAAGGCAUGUUGACCGGAGUGACUUUUUCACCUCAUUUUAUGAAAAACUAAAACUGCAGGAAGAAGUAAAAGACUUGCGGGCUGUGGAAGAAGCAUUUGUUCCUGUUAUCAAACUGUGUUUUGACGGAAUAGAGAUUGAUAUCUUGUUUGCCCGACUAGCAUUGCAAACUAUUCCUGAAGACCUAGACCUUCGAGAUGAUAGUCUACUAAAAAAUUUAGACAUUAGAUGCAUACGAAGUCUUAACGGUUGCAGGGUAACCGAUGAAAUUCUCCAUCUAGUACCAAACAUUGACAAUUUCAGGUUAACACUGAGAGCUAUCAAACUGUGGGCCAAACGGCACAACAUCUAUUCCAAUAUACUAGGUUUCCUUGGUGGAGUUUCCUGGGCUAUGCUAGUAGCAAGAACUUGCCAGCUUUAUCCAAAUGCAAUAGCAUCAACUCUUGUACAUAAAUUUUUCUUGGUAUUUUCUAAAUGGGAAUGGCCAAAUCCAGUGCUAUUGAAACAGCCAGAAGAAUGCAAUCUUAAUUUGCCUGUAUGGGACCCAAGGGUAAACCCCAGUGAUAGGUACCAUCUUAUGCCUAUAAUUACACCAGCAUACCCCCAGCAGAACUCUACCUACAAUGUGUCCGUUUCUACACGUAUGGUCAUGGUUGAAGAAUUUAAGCAAGGUCUUGCUAUCACAGAUGAAAUUUUGCUGAGUAAGGCAGAGUGGUCCACACUUUUUGAAGCUCCAAACUUCUUUCAAAAGUACAAGCAUUAUAUUGUACUUCUAGCAAGUGCACCUACAGAAAAACAGCGACUAGAAUGGGUUGGCUUGGUGGAGUCUAAAAUCCGAAUUCUGGUCGGAAGCUUGGAGAAAAAUGAAUUCAUUACACUGGCUCACGUAAAUCCUCAGUCAUUCCCGGCACCCAAGGAAAAUCCUGACAAGGAAGAGUUUCGUACAAUGUGGGUGAUUGGGUUAGUGUUUAAGAAAACUGAGAACUCGGAAAACCUGAGUGUUGAUCUCACAUAUGACAUUCAGUCCUUUACUGACACUGUUUAUAGGCAAGCAAUAAACAGCAAGAUGUUUGAGAUGGAUAUGAAAAUUGCUGCAAUGCACGUUAGAAGAAGGCAACUUAACCAACUGCUACCUAGUCACGUGCUUCAAAAAAAGAGAAAGCAUUCAACAGAAGGUGUCAGGUUAACAGCUCUGAAUGACAGCAGUCUAGAUUUAUCUAUGGAUAGUGAUAACAGCACAUCUGUGCCUUCUCCUACCAGUGCUAUGAAGACGAGUCCAUUAAACAGUUCUGGAAGCUCUCAGGGCAGAAGCAGUCCUGCUCCAGCUGUAACGGCAGCAUCUGUGACCAACAUACAGGCUUCUGAAGUCACUGUGCCACAAACAAAUUCCAGUGAAAGCUCAGGGGGUACUUCAAGUGAAAGCAUUCCUCAAACUGCCACACAGCCAACCAUCUCUCCACCGCUAAAGCCUACCAUCUCUAAAGUAAUUUCUCCACCCCGUCAUGUAAACCAACCGCAGAGACCUUCAGGAAACACUGCAGCGAAAAUAACUAGCCCAGUAGCAGCUGUGAAGAGGCCGUUAUCUCCUCCUAAAGAAGAGUCGCCAAAAAAAAUAAAAACAGAAGAGGAUGAAGUGAAUGAAGAUGCUAGGUGUCUUGAUAUGAGUGAUCAUGAUAAAAUGGAAACUAAGGAACUACUUGAUACAGAAUCGGAUUUGGCUUCUCAGCCAGAAACUCUUCCGACAACAGUUGCUCUGCAAGCUCCUCAGAAAACGCCCAGUACAGACCUUUCAGAUAUCCCUGCUCUCCCUGCAAAUCCUAUUCCAGUUAUCAAAAAUUCAAUAAAACUAAGAUUGAAUCGGUAAAACCAACCUCAGGGGUCCAUAAACAGUAUCUGCCAAUUCAACCCGUUGUCUUCUAACGCUGAAAUGGAGAACAGAGGGUGCAAGUCAAGAAUGUGAACACAGAUGGAUUUAGGUAUAUUUUGUGCACUUCCCUUGCUGGGCUAUAAUCACUUGAUCUGGAAGUCCAGGUUACUAUGUGAAGCCAGGAGUACUAUUAAUGUGUUAGCAACAGUUGCAUUAAAUACUUCAAAGGAUUACUGCCUUUAAAAAGGAAUGGGAAUACUAUUUCUAGCCAUAUUUGACUUUCUGAUUGACUUUCUGAUUGGGUUUAUGUUGAUACAUUGUUUGGGGGGCGGGCGGGAUGGAGAUAAAACUGGCAAAAGAAUCCCUUAAAUGCACUUUUAUGUACUUUUUUAUUGGAAUAUGACUAAUUUUAGCGCUUCAGCUUGAUAGAUUUUAUUUUUAUUGAAGAGAUUCUUCAAUAUAUGUGACCUUCAAAUUAGAGAAUGACUUGAUAUAUUGUAUACUGAAGGCAAAAGUAUGCACUAUAUCUAGCUCAGUUACCAUUAAGCUGCAGUAAACCUUUAAAAGACAAUGUCAGAUCUUGAGGUGGUAAGUUUAAGAAAACAAGUAUUGGGUAUCUGAUGGGGCAUGACUUAAAAAGUGGUCUGUUUUUUAUUUAUAGGAUUAUUUUAUGGUGCAUACAAAUCAGCUAUCAAAAAGCAAAUAUUUUUUCCGUUGAGCUAAUCAAAUCUCCUCCUUAUUCCCUGCCUGUCACCAUAUUUCUGGGAGGGAGAAAAAAAGUUGCAUUUAACUUGUGUUUCAGUAUGUAUGCACAAACUAGGACUAAUGUUGUCAGUCAGAUGCUGGUUUGUUCUUUUUUUCUUUCUUCGUUUUGUUUCCUCCUUUCUUUUUAACUGGUCAUAUGGUUACAUAAGCCCUAUAACUUGUGGCCCUGAGGCACAAAUGCCACGUCCCCCCCCCCCCCCCGCCGACUGAAACUGAGUGAAUAAAGUGUGCCUGUGAAGCAUAACACUGUCUUGAUGGCCUUUUCAUCACUAAAUAUAAGAGUUUUGUACACUCCAUAAAGUCCUGUCUGCAUUACAAAACAUCUCAAAUUUUAAAUAUUAAGGCAGAUCUUACCUACCCUAGGAUUUUAACAGUUUUGUUUUUUAGAUAGCUCAUCUGAAGUAGUUUUACAUUUUUGAAUGUUUAAAUUUUUUUAAUAUCACAUUUCUAGCAGGCACUUAAAAGAUCUGAGAAGCUCUCUUACCCAGUUGUCUUCAUUUUGUUCUGUAGAGCUAUCAAAAUCAUUAGCAGCAACUUUGUUUUAAAGAGAUGAAAAUCUUUCAUGGCUAAGCAGCAAAACACAAGGAAUGCCAGUGAUUAUCAGAUGGAGAUAACAAACUACAUGUAACUUCGAUUCACUCAAAAUUAAGUGGGAUGGUUAAAUUGUCCUUCCCAUAUUUUCUGAUCAGCAUGUUUAAUGACUUCCUUCCCUGCAUUGUGCUCAAUCCUCCAUGUGCAUUUCCAUGUUAAGGUAAAAUUACUUGAUCUUCCCCUUUCCCUAUAAGUUAAUUUUCCAAAGUCAAGAGAUAGUAGCUUAUCCCCUACUUCCCAGCUGUGCAGUAACCAAGAUCUUAUUUUUCUGCCAUUUUUGUCUACGAUGUCUAGUAUACAAAAUUCUUGCCCUUGCCCCAUGCAGCCUCCUGUAGUCCAGCCUUGCCCCUUAACAUGCCCUCACACCCUCCUCUCCUCAUCCCUGCUCUCCCCCCACCCCACCCAAUCCAAAAGGUUUAACUAACAGUUGAAGUGUACAAGCUGUCUGUGUAUUUUGUGUAGCUAUGGAGUUUAGACCGAACUUGCCAGGCACAAAUUUAGUCUUGUUUUGUUUACACAUCAGGAAAUCUUUUUUCCCCAUUUUAUUAAAUGUUUCAUGUAUCUGCACCCAAGUUUUGCCAAGCUGGGAACUUGGAAUCUUUUCUGUAUAGUGACUUUUUAAUUCUAGUUUUCAUAACCUGGAGAUCAGACUGUUGCUUUCGCAUGAUGUACGUAGGUGUCUCAUGACUGGAGUUGCUUUGUUUUAUAGUAUCUGUACUCCUUGUAUUUUUCAAGAGCUAUUUUGUAAACAGAUGAUGUAUUUCUCCAUGGAAAACAAUAAAAAAACAGCACAAUCCCACAA